AUGGUAAAUGGGUACUUUGACCAAUCAUCAAGGCGGCUUGAUUUGCGAUCUUCUUCUAGAAUGGCCAGUGCUGUAGCAAACGCAUUGGAACUGGUGUGCCCAUCCUUAGCUUUGGAGAUGGACAAGGUGGACCUUCCCAGUGUAGCAACAUUGAGCAGGGCAACCUUCAAGCUUGAUGUAGCACACAUGCUGUUGCGGCGGCACCAGUGGUCCAAUUGGUUGGGUGAACACAACAAGCGGUCGGUGCAACUUUGCUUUGACUCUUCACCAUUGAAGCGGGACUACUUCCUUUGCUACGAGACAACCAUUGAGUCAGACCGCAGCAUCCUGUUGUGUCAGGAUUUGCAAAGGAACAUGAACAAGGAGGACGCUUCUGAGGACGACCCCUUGUUUUCAUUGUCUGGUGACAUUGAAUGUCGUGUACUACCUCCUGUGGCCCUAGGAAAAGGUGAUGGAACGGGUGGAGGCCACGUUGACCUCGAAGGGCAGACUUCAGGCCCGCUGAAUUGCUGCUUGAGAAUUGGAUGUCCUCCAUGUUCAUUUUCCGAGCCCAUUGGUUUUCGGCCAUGUUCGGCCAUGUUCGGCCCGAAUUUUGCAAGAGUUGCCCGACUCCCCGACCUGCAAAGACCAGGCAAUAUAGAGUUCUUCCGAACGCUCCCGCAUUGGCUGCAAAAGAAGACUUAUAGUUUCCUCAUGCUGCCUCGAAUCAUUUGCCUUGAUAUGCUUUGA